GCGGGUGGGAUGAUGGCGGCGGUGCAGCGGGUCGGUAGUAAAUGGCUCUUCACCCGAGAACAGCUCGAAAACACGCCGUCCCGCCGCUGCGGAGUCGAGCCCGACCGGGAGCUCUCAUACCGACAGCAAGCCGCCAACCUCGUCCAGGACAUGGGACAGAGAUUAAACGUGUCCCAGCUUACAAUCAACACGGCGAUCGUCUAUAUGCACAGAUUUUACAUGCUUAAUUCCUUUACAAAAUUCCAUAGAAAUAUUAUCUCUCCCACUACACUGUUUUUGGCUGCUAAAGUGGAGGAGCAGCCGAGGAAACUUGAACAUGUCAUCAAAGUAGCUCACGCAUGUCUAAACCCUAAUGACCCUCCACUGGAUACUAAGAGCAAUGCGUACCUCCAGCAAGCCCAAGAGUUGGUGCUGUUGGAGACCAUAGUCCUGCAGACGCUCGGAUUUGAAAUAACGAUAGAGCAUCCACACACAGAUGUGGUGAGAUGUUCCCAGCUAGUGCGAGCGAGCAAGGACUUGGCCCAGACAUCCUAUUUCAUGGCUACCAACAGCCUUCACCUGACCACCUUCUGCCUGCAACACAAACCCACAGUGGUGGCCUGUGUCUGCAUUCACCUGGCGUGCAAAUGGUCCAAUUGGGAGAUUCCAGUCUCUUCAGACGAAAAACAUUGGUGGGAAUAUGUCGACCGUACCGUGACUCUACAGCUGCUUGAUGACCUGACAAACGAGUUUCUUCAGAUCCUUGAAAAGACGCCAAGCAAACUUAAAAGGAUUCGUAACUGGCGGGCCAAUCAAGCUGCCAAGAAGCCAAAAGGAGACAACCAAUCAAUGGAUGGUUCCUUUCAGGUGCCUUCUCUGAGCCAGGAAAGCUCAUUGAUGGCGAGUUUGUGCGACUUCGGAGCUGGCGUGUAUGCUGAACCGUCCACCUCGUUCCCAUUGGACACGGGAUUGUUGACUCUCAACGGCCUGUCGACCCUGCAGAGUUCUUCUUUAGGCUUUCCUGCACCGAUCGCCCAGAGCACUGACGCUUUCUUGGCGCUCCAGGGGGCGGCGGUGAGCAAACACGGACAUGGCGCGGCAGUCCUCGGCCCGCAGAAACUCACUCUAGAGAAAUACAGAGAAAAGCACGCGGCGGAAUUGGAACAGAAACGGCGACAUGAAGACGAGGGCGAACCACAUCGGAAACACGGCCAUUUGUCAUCCGAUGCAUCGUCGUCCAGGGUAAAGUAUUCUCAAGUACAAGAGCGACCGUCGAAGAGCGGUUCACUCAAGCGGCGUCACCCUGAAUCUGCGGAAAACGGUUUGGCCAGUCAGGAGGAGCUGAAGAUGAAGAUCAAGGUUUCGUCCGAAAGCAGCAAGGGUCGACACAGUCCGCGCUCAGGCCGUGAGAAACAUCGCGAGCAUUCCUCGCACAAAUCGCGAAGCGAAUCGUCACACGGUAGCCACCACCACCAUCAUCAUCACCACCACCACCAUUCAUCCAAAACUCACAGAUCUUCCAAGAGCCACUCCUCUUCUGCGCUCGUCAAUCAAGCGCUAGGCCACGCCCACUUGGCGAAGAUUGACAGGAGGCCAGGUGAGGGGCAGAGUUCCGAGGGCAAUGCUGCUUUAAAUAAUAACGGUCCACACAUGGAUUACGAAGACACUUUUAAUAUGCUCGAUUCCCUAUUAAAUGCACACAACUUCUAAUCGUGCGAAGAAAUCAAACGUGUUACCUAAAACCUCAAACGUGCGAUUUUUCUUAGCUCAUUUUAUGCAAGAAUCACUUGUCUGUUGUGUCAUAGUCCCUUUUUGAGUUAAUCAUGUUUAUAGGUGAAUUUAAAAACUUAAAAAAACAAAGUGAAGGUUGUGUUAAGUACAAUAGAGUGUAUUUACGAUUUUAUUGCUUUUAAUAAGAUGUAGAGCGGAUUGUGAAAUGCUCCAGCAAUUCGAAUCUGUGUUAGACGGCAAUGUGAAGUGAAAAUGUACAUGUUCGUUUUUUUAUGCUUGAUUCACUUUUUUUCCGUUAAUCAAAGGGAUGAAAAAAGAAACGUGUGACUGUUUACAAAAGGAAAGUGCGGAUAUCUGUUCACUAUUAUUUGUAUCGCUAUAUCUAUGUCUGAAUAUAUUUCAUGAAUGCUCAGGUUUGGAGGUCCUUAGAAGUGAAAAAAAAACGUUAGUCACAUAACGCAAAAACUUUGACGAUUAUUGCAGAAAUGUCAUGUUUAUCGUAACACGAAUUGCCUGUACACGGAUUCCACUACGCCACUCUACUUGUAUAUUUAACAUACUGAAGUGAUAUAUUUUAUGUCAUUAUCAUCCGAUAGAAAACCGAACUGAUGACCUCAACGUGCGCAUGGUCAUUUUGCGUAGUAUCCGUUUUGUCUUUUUAAAAUUUUAUUGUCGCUUUAUCGACCCUUUAAAGUAGUGGUUUUGUGGAAUCUGUUUCCGACAAGAAAGCAUUGUGAAUUUUUGUUCAUUGUGUACCAGAUUUGAACGGUCCCAGUCUCCUCAGCUGAUCUGUUCAUCGUGGUGUACGUCGAGCCUUAACUGUACGAUUGAGAUUUUAGCGGGUUGAGUAUCUGUUCUGUGUCCUCUGAUCUGCAAUGGGGAAAUCGGUCCCUGCUGUAUCAGUAUUUGACUUGUUUAUUAUUAUCCUUCCCGUCUCCUUUAUUGACUGGAAUGAAUUAACAGCCAAUUUCUUGUUCCUUAAGAGUUCGGGGACCAUUUUAAGGGUUUGGGUCGAGCUAGAGAGGAGGAUGAAUUCUGGCAAAACACUUUAGAUGUGGGCUAGACUCCGUGAACUUUAAGUCUCCCACUUGAAAUGUUUUGCUGUGCUGUUAUAACCUCCAGAUACCAAAGGUCGUGCCUAAAUGUUUGCGUUCUCACCCUUGGAGCUGUAUGAAAUUGGCCAUUCUUUCUGUUUUUAAGAUUUUAUUUGGAAUGCCACAGUUCUUCAUAGUAUUAGAUCCGAGUCUGUAUGGAUGAGAUGUUGGAUUGUCUAAUAAACAUCCAAGAAAAUUGCUUAUCUAAAUUGUUUGUUUGUUUGUUUGAAUUUCAUUGGAGCUUUAUUCAGAAUAUACUGCAAAUUAAAUGCUUUUUGACCAAUAUUGGUAUUUGCCAAUAUGUCAAAUCAAGGACAGUAUUAGACACGAAUAAAACACAUUGUAAGUCUAAGGUUUAAAAUGCUUAUGCCCUGUAAAUUAUUACCUGUACAUUUGACAGAUUUUCAAUUUAAAGUUUUGCUUUUUACAACUGCAGGUUUUGACGCAUGAAAAACAGACGUGUGUGAAAAAGUUUCGGAAGCAAAUAUCUGCCGGGAUUCGAAAGCUUCAGGUUUUUGUGUACACUUUCAAUAUAUGCUUGCACAGCUCCCUAUGAGGAAAGCAUAGAAGAUCAGCGAAUUUGCUGUGAAACUGCUGUUUCAGUAAAACAUCCCCGUUAGCAUGUGAUGUCACUUCCUACAUGUUUGCCAGAGACUCGACGCUGACAUGUUCAAACUGCCUUAUAAACAAUCUGUUUAUCUUAAAUACAGAAUAAUCUUAAUGUCCUGUUAAACUAUUAAAUAGGUUUGUAUGGGUUGGUUGUAUACUCAUUUUACAUUUAUUCAUCAAGCAGAGGCUUUUAUCCAAAGCGACUUACAAGUUGGCUAAACAAUGGAAGCAAUUGGGUCAAACAUUAGGACAACAAAAAGCAGAAGAGCCGUAAAAGCAUGUCUCACAAAGCCUACUACAGUUUACAGAGCCAAGUUUAGUUUAUCUAAGCUUAAAAGCAUGCUUUUUUUUAAUAUUGUAGAAAAUGGUAUACUUAAUGACAUUAAGUAUAGUGAACUGUAUAGGUUAAUAUCCAUUGAUAUCAGUGAUAUAACCGUGGUCUAUUCUUGCUCAUUAUCACAUUCUUAAUUUAUUUGUAUUGUUUUUUUGAGAAAUAAUUGACAGAAUAGACAUGCAAAACAGGCUGUAAUUGUCAUUUAAUGCUACGAUAUUAAACUUCUGGUGUCAUUUUA